AUGCACCUAGGUACUGAGUGCGGCGACCAUUAUUUUGACGAUGAGGGCGGGAGAUUUACCAGGGACACACUGUGUGGCUUCCGCUUGACCCAGGCCGCAGGACUGGGCGAAGCUCUCGUGGUUGCUGUGCUGCUGCAGGCCUCUCCUUUGCCCCUCGCCUUCCCCUGCUCGCACCGGCGUCACGAGGCAUUUUGUGGGAGCCGUGCGGAAGGCAGGCUGAGAGCUGGCAGGUUGCGGCUCUACACAGCAAAGCGCUCUCUGUCCGUGUCCCUUCGAAGCAGCGCGAAUCUGGUAGCGCCGUUGGGAUGCUUGGUCUCUAGGCAAAAGCACACUCUUCCCGACUUGCCUUAUGACUAUGGGGCUCUUGAACCUCAUAUUAAUGCAGAAAUCAUGCAGUUGCACCAUAGCAAACAUCACGCCACUUACGUCAACAACCUGAAUGUUGCAGAGGAAAAGUACAAAGAGGCCCUCGCAAAAGGUGAUGUUACAGCUCAGGUGUCUCUUCAGCCUGCACUUAAGUUCAAUGGUGGAGGCCAUAUCAAUCACACCAUCUUCUGGACAAACCUUUCUCCUAAUGGAGGAGGAGAGCCUAAAGGUGAAUUGAUGGAAGCCAUCAAACGGGACUUUGGUUCCUUUGCGAACUUCAAGGAGAAGCUGACAGCUGUAUCAGUUGGUGUCCAGGGAUCAGGCUGGGGGUGGCUUGGCUAUAACAAGGAGCAGGGGCGCCUACAAAUUGCAGCCUGUGCAAACCAAGACCCUCUGCAAGGAACAACAGGUCUUAUUCCUUUGCUAGGAAUUGAUGUAUGGGAACAUGCUUAUUAUCUUCAGUAUAAAAAUGUCCGACCUGAUUAUCUGAAAGCCAUCUGGAAUGUGAUCAACUGGGAGAAUAUAUCUUCAAGAUACGCGUCCUGCAAAAAGUAGAGUGGGGUUCUCGCGCAGACUUCUAAAAUGGCAUCAGUUCUACUUCAACACCACUCUUGUUGUAGUGCCUGUGACUCGCAAAUGAAUUGCUCCACUGCAGAAAAUACUUAAGCUCAUUCAGCAAAAGCAUUUCAUAAUCAAGCAAAGUGUGUGCUUGUCUCUUUUUGAGAGGAGUAUUUACUUAGAUUUUUGAAGCUUUAAACUUGUGCGACAGAGAGACACUUUAAGUAAUCUUUUCCACUGCCUAUAGAAACAUAACUAACCUUUCUCAAGGUUAAUGAGGUAAUGGAUUUCCUUGUUGCACUUAAAUAUCUAAGUAGAAACAUGUACUUGAUGUUGCUAUAAAUAAAUAAAACUCAGAAGAAGAAUCUUA